AUUGGCUUUGGUUUCUCAACGGCAAUGCCACCAACCACGCCAAGAAUGAUGGGAUACGAUGUAGCUGUUGCAAUGGUCAAUGCAGCCGGAGUAGGGACUAUAUCGGACCAUCUAACCGAUGGCACGCGGGCCCCACCGCCGGAUGCUAGCCAAGACUGGACGUUAACUUAUUCCAGUGAAUACAACGGUGUAACAACGUUGAGGUUUUAUCGCAAGCUCAAUACCGCCGACGAACAAGGAGAUGUUGUUAUUGAGCUGGGAGUGCCAGUUUACCUUAUAUGGGCUUUUCAUCCUACAAGUGACAGCAUUCGAAACCAUUUGCCACCGAAUAGAGGCUUCCAAGAAGUAACGUUUGUAGCUGGCCCAACAACAGGUCAGUUGCUUUAAAAAAACCUUUACCGAGGCAACGUACAGUCCAAAGUUGGAAAAGUGGGGUUGUAAUGAAACAAAACAAC